AUGAAGCUCACGGUCUUUCUAGUGGUCGCGAUCCUUUUCCUGAGUGGUAAUCCCACUGGGGUUAAUGCCUUCAACAAAACAUAUUGUCAGCUCGACCUUCCUCCACCCCAAAACUGGAUCCCAGGCCUCAAUUUGUUCCCUGGCCGUGUUCUCGAAGGAUUUAAUAAGAACUUCAGUGAAGGUUCUCUGGAGGAUAUAAUUCAAUAUGCUCAGUGGAUAUGUGACGGCAACAGUGGCUGCACUUCCCUUAUAGUUGUUUCUGCGAUACCCUCCGGCUCCUUCUAUAACCCUCGUUCAUGGUUUGGUUAUCUUUUUUCCGGCCCUCCUGUAACUCCUUCGGACUUUGUUAGGGGGCCUCCCGCACAAAAUGUACAGAACUCUACUGUCUUUAAUGCCUAUACAAACUCAACCCGCCCUGGGGUUGAUGCUUGUGUUGCGCAUUGA